AUGGUGCAGUCUUUAAUACCCGGCUUGAUGGACGACGUAGCAGAGCUGUGCCUCUCGAGAGUCCCACGCUCUAGCUUUCGAAUCAUUUCUCAGGUGUGCUGGGGAUGGACAAGAUUCCUCAGGAGCGAGCGUUACGGAGCCGUUCGAAAGUUGACGGGAUCGGUGGAAGAGUUAAUGUGUGUUAAAGUGAAUAACAAUAACUGGGAAGUUUUCGACUGCUCUGGUAACAAACUUGGACGCAUCCCUCCCUCUCCUGGGCCUUCUUGGGUAGGCGGUCUCCGCCACGCGGUGCUCGAUGGCCAAAGGAUCGUGGUCUUCGGUGGAAAAUCUGCGAGGGUUCCUUCGGCCGAUGUUUACGAGUUCAAUCCUGCUACUAACAGGUGGAGAAAACUGGCAGACAUGAACAUACCCCGUUCCGGCUUUACAUAUGCUGUAGUGGACGGUCUUUUGUAUGUGAACCAAGGCUAUUCCUCAGACGAUGUUCGCAUUCUCAACUCGGAAGUAUACAACCCGAAAACUAACCAAUGGAGCCUCAUGGAUUGUCCAAAGAGCCACGGCUUUGGUGGCUUUGCAUUCUCCUUCAAUUCCAAACUCUUCGUUGUAGGUGGGAAUAGAAGAGCUGCACAUAUAUUAUUAUUCCGAGUUAAACAUACGUUGAUGAUGAUUAUUUUUUCAGGCGAAAGAUCGAGGUUCAUCGACAUAUAUGACCCCAAGACGGAGAUAUGGGAAAAGUUAGACACCGGGCCACUGUCAGUGUAUUCCUACACUGUUCUUAGGAACAAAGUGUAUUUCUUCGAGUGGUUCACGCCGGGAAUGGGAGUGUUUGAUCCAGAGAAGAAUGCUUUGAGCUCUGUGUUUGUGCCUCCGAACAAUAAGUGUGAAUUCAGGUACACAAUAGGGCAAUGGAACAAUAAGGUUAUCCUGUUUUCAGAGGGACGUGAGGCCUUAAGUGGUGACCUUGACAAAGAGGACACACCCAAGUGGACAACCACUCCAAUUAAAACAUCUUAUCAUCACGCUACCAGUGUUCUCAUCAACUUUUGA